UUUUUCUUCUUCUUCUUUGAUUGGCCAAUAACAUGCUGUUACUUUUCAAGCACCUUUUGCAAUAACAAAAUAUUAGGCCUAAAAUGUAUCUAUGUGAUACUGUAUUCAUCCAUGUCCGAGCCUUCGACUACUGUAAUCUGUAGAUCACAGCCAGAGACUGAAGUCUAAGUCAGUAUCAUAAAAUUAUCAAAUGAAUAAGUGGAGAGUUACUAAGCCACAUGGGUCUAAAUUUAGACCUGGUAAACUACCCUGCUGGGGGCCGAGUUCAUGAAGCUACCAAAGCUAUUUCUGAUCCACAGACAGUGAGUGGCAGGUGAAGCUUCAGAUGCCUGGCCUGUCACGUAGCACACAUGAGCACCGUGUGUUUGGAAUAACCUUCAUAAAAGAGUCCUGUGGUGGUGCAUUAAAGCCAGAAUUAAAUGAAAAUUCACCCUUUAAAUUUCUAAAUGUUAUUGUGUACAAUUAAUUUGUGAAUGUUUCUCUUUUUUUAUGUUUUGACCUCAAAAUGUUUAAUCACAAUGUCAUAACUGAACCUUCCAGUGAAAACGACAUGUUUCUCUCUUGUGAUGUAUGCAGGACUUCUCCAAUCAUUUAGUCCAGUUAGACCACCCCUGCAAGCUUGCAUUCAUCUGCCUCCACUUAUGAGUUAAACACCCACAACUCAAAAUAACCCAUUACACUCUGGAUGUACACUUUCACAGAGGAAGUGAUGUAUUAUUCUGGGAAAAGGCGGGGAGAAGAUGGAAUUGCUGCUGUCAUUGACUUCCUGUUGUCCAAUGCCCGGCUGGUGCUGGGGGUGGGCGGAGCUGCGAUGCUGGGCAUCGCCACAUUAGCAGUGAAACGGCUGAUAGAACGUGCUGGCAGGCCUCCUGAUGAGAAGCCUGACAAGAAGAUGACGGACAGCUGGGAGGAGUUAGGCUUGGUUAGUGCCUCCCCCAAACUGCUCCACAAGGGUAUUGAAGGAGUAGUCAUGAAACAGAUUGCAGCCGCAACCAAGAAAGAACUGUCUCAGCCCAUCCCCCUACCCUCACCUGAACCCCAGCGCUGUGACGCUGACCCACCUCAACGCCGGAAACGCUUGGAUCUGUGCGUGAUGACGUUUGCAGAGCGUCUGCAGCAGUACUUCAGAACACGAGUGUGUCUGUCAGAGGAGGAGGUGUCUGUCGCACAGCAGCGAGCGUUAGAUAUAUCCACAGAGAUCCAGGCCUUCCUGCACUCCAAACACCCUGACAUGCCGUUGGGAGACAUGAUGCUGGCGGGGUCACUGCUCGACGACCUGCAAGUGGUUAAAGCAGAUCAUGCCUGUCUGAUCGUGCCUCUACAGUUGGAGUCCAGUCUGUGGAUGCCUAUUGCCGGAGAGGACACAUUUUUGGGUCACCCUCAGUUCUGCAUGGUGCGGCGUGAAAACCUCGAGUACUUCCCAAGGGGACGGAGCUACUGGGAUCGACAUUUACUGGGUGGAUACUUGUCGUCACGGCUUGUUUCUGAGCAACUAGGCAAGGCUGUGAUGGAAUCAAUGAACUGGCCUUCGCUAACCGGAACCCUGGAGUGCGAGGUGCGACCGGUGCUUGGGUCUCCUGAGCUCAAACUGGAGAUUCAAGGAUUAACCCAAAGCAGUUGUGACAGUGGGGAACGCUUCUAUAUUACCGUGUUGCCAACAGUGCGCCUUAGCGAGAUGAUGCUUACGGCGCAGAGAGAGAUCACUGGGUCAUUCGACUACGUCUGGUACCAGAGCCUAUACACCAGCGAAACAACUAGACUAGCAGCUCUUGACAAAGCAGACUCGGGGGUCAGAAAGAAGUGUCUGAAAACACUAAAGGCAGUGUGCCGCAACUGCCCUGCACUACGCAAGCUCAACGGCAGCCAUCUUAGCAAUGUCAUUCUACACAUGAGUGAAAAGGAAACUGAUUGGUCGGAAUUGGUGUUUGCUGAUAGGUUCCUGCAGGCGAUUGCUGAGCUAAUCGGAUACCUGGAGACUGGAAUCAUGCCUAGUUUCUUUAAACAUAAUGUGAAUCUGUUUCAGGGAUUUACUGAGGAUGACAUUGACGAGAUGGGCUUCAUGCUCUACUGUGCCAUAACUGAACCUGAGAUACUACUUAUUUGAUUCACUCCUAUACUUGUGCACAGAGUAUUACAUCUAUCAAAACAUCUAUCUCUAUGGCAACUGGCAAUAAUGCAUCUUUAAACAAAGAAUGUCAUAUUAGAUAUUAUAUGUCUCUUCACAGUCCUCUGAUGUGAAUUUCUGCUUACCUGCUCCUUUAGAGGGGAUUUUGAAGUGACAGGCAUCAUUUUACUAUGCAGCACUAUCCUAGUCAGGCACUUUGCUUAGAUGUAGGUUUGAAAGAAGUGAAAGAUUUCAUAAAACAUCUUUACUCUGA